GCUCUCACCUCCUCGUCAUUAACGAUGCCCAGAAUACGCACAACGAGGACGAAGAAGCCCCCAGAAGGCUACGAGGAUAUCGAAAGCAUUCUCGAUGAUUAUGCGAAGAAGAUGAGAGACGCUGAGAACGAGUCUCAUGAGGGCAAACGCAAGGCCGAGUCCCUCUGGCCCAUCAUGCGUAUUUCGCAUACACGAUCGCGUUACAUAUAUGAGCUCUAUUAUAAGCGUGAAGCUAUCACGAAGGAACUUUACGACUGGCUUUUAAAGGAGGGAUACGCAGAUGCGAACUUGAUAGCCAAAUGGAAGAAGACAGGUUAUGAAAAGUUGUGCUGCCUCAGAUGUAUCCAGACCAAGGAUAUGAACUACCAAGGCUCUACGUGUAUCUGUCGCGUGCCGAAAGCACAGGUACGGUCAGGCACGGUUGUUGAAUGCGUACAUUGUGGCUGUCGCGGCUGCAGCUCAGACUCCUAGGCGGGGAGAUCCAUAUCAAGUCAUCACCAAAGGAGCAGGACCUUAUAACCAGUCAUCUACCUCGGAGGCGCCUAUACGAGUUUUGUCAGUCGAGAUACAUUGGGAGGACAGAUGGGGAAAGUGUAGUCGCAAUAUCUGCGCCCUGAGGUCCAUUGCGUCCAUUUGCAUACAGCAACAGAUUUUGCUCAGAAUGUUUGUUAUUUAGAUAUGAUCCGUAUUUUGUAUUCUUGCAAUCACCAUUGAGGUGCUCUCCCGAUCAACAACCAAGAAUACAACAUCCGAACAUUACAAUAUUGUCGAUAUGGUGAGGUUGGUAAACGUCUUGUAUUUUCUG